AUGGAGGGCAUGGUGGAUCCUGAGACCAUUUACAUGAGGCAAAACUGCAUUGGUGGUGGGAGCUUUGGACGAGUUUACAAAGGGGUCGAUAAACGUACCGGCAAUUCUGUCGCUAUCAAGGUCAUUGAUGUCGAAAAUGCUGAAGACGAAGUCGAAGAUAUUAUCCAGGAAAUUGCCAUCUUGUCCGAACUCAACUCUCCACAUGUUACGAAGUAUCAUGGCUCUUUUCUCAAGGGUUCUCAUCUUUGCAGCGAUCUUCUUCGCCCGGGGCCAAUUCCGGAGGACUAUAUCAUGAUAAUCAUGCGAGAGUUGCUUCGUGGCCUGGAUUAUCUGCAUACUGAUAAGAAAUUGCAUCGCGACGUCAAAGCUGCAAAUAUCCUUCUCACUUCCAACGGACAGGUGAAGCUGGCGGAUUUUGGUGUUUCUAGCCAGCUCUCAGCAACUAUGACAAAGAAGAACACCUUCGUGGGGACCCCUUUCUGGAUGGCCCCAGAGGUCAUCAAACAGUCGGGGUAUGAUUAUAAAGCUGACAUUUGGUCUCUGGGAAUCACUGCCAUAGAGUUGGCGCAGGGAGAACCACCUUACUCCGACAUCCAUCCGAUGAAGGUCUUGUUCUUGAUUCCCAAGAAUCCUCCUCCCACGCUUCAGGGACCUUUCAGCAAAACGUUCAAGAACUUUGUCGAGCUCUGUUUGCGGCGCGACCCCAGGGAAAGGCCGUCGGCCAAGGAGUUACUCGAGCACCCGUUUGUCAAGCGAGCAAGACGAACGACUUAUCUGACGGAGUUGAUCGAGCGCUAUGAAGGAUGGCAGAUACGUAAAGGCGUUCAAAAUGGCGGCAUGGAUGAGGACUGCGUACAAGAUCUCCCGUCGGAUGACAAAGAUCGCGAACAUGAGGAAGACCUCUGGGACUUUGGCACUGUGCGCCCUGUAGGACGCACAACAGCUAGGGACCCGAUGAAGGAGGCCGAUACAAAUACCAGGAACCACAAUACCACGGCCUGGAAUUUCCAAGACAAGCCACACGAGGGGGUCAUGAAAUCAAGCCGUCCUCAACCCGACUCCCCAAAGAAAAGGAGCUCGUUCAUUGCAGCUAGUGCAUCUCCCACAAAGGUUCCGCUGCCACCGUCGCCUGUCAAACAUCCAUUUUUAGAAGUCAGCCCACCUAGAACACCUACACGUUCUCAGAGGCCUGUUGCCGGGCAACCUACGGAGAGCCCUAGCACAAGCGAGUACAACAGGGCCCUACAACAAUCUUUAGCGCAGGACUCUGUGUUUCUCCAACUCGAUCUCUCACCCAGCAGCUCUUCGGGUCCAUCGAAAAACGGACACGUCGUCCCGACUCCAACUGCCCAAACACCCUAUCCCUCGCAGGAUUCAACUCAAAUCUCCCCUUCUCGCACCGAGCGGAAGCCGACUGCAUCAGAAGCUCAAUCUCAACCUCAUACACAUUUACCUUCGCAUUCACGUCCUCCACCGACCCCGUCUCAUAUAUUCCCCCAUCCGCAACAACAGACAGACACGCCGCGCGACAGGGGCAGUCCCGAAAUGUCCGUCCGUCGUUUCGCACCGAAGAAUAUCAGCCGUCAUAUUGAGGAGACCGAGCCAGUUCCCACCAAAGCUCCUGAACCUCAGACGGUUACACCUCUGCUCAAUGUUAUUGUUCCUGCCCUCAGAACCGCUGUGCGUCGUCGUAGGGAGCAGGUAGAUCUGAUUUCUCGUCAGGCUAUGGCACACAGUGGCGAGAAUCCAGACAAACUAGCUGAGAUUAAGGGUGCCCGCCAAUACGUACAGGUUAAGAUCGAAAGCCUGGUCGACGACUUGGUUCACUCAUUCACCCGGAUAGAUAACUGGGACAACGAGUCGCCGGUUGGAAUGGGUUCGGGCGUGGUUUCGUUCCUUGAGGGCUUCCUUGAAGAGAUUCUCGUCCGCAUUGAGGUUCCCACUGACGAUGAAAAUGAUGACGAAGGAUAUUAUCCAUCCAAGCCAGCCGACUCUGAGGCACGCCAUGCUAAGAACGCAUCUAAGACCUAA